AUGACUUCACGGCGGCCCCUCCCUGCAGAUGACUUCGGCAUCUACUACGUCCUUGCAGAGUGCACAGAUCAUUAUGAUAACUGCGCUGUGAACGAGGCCGAGGAGAACCAGCCCCAUUUCCAGGGAGUGACCGGCCUGCGGAACUUGGGCAACACAUGCUACAUGAACACCAUCUUACAGUGUCUUGGCAGCAUUUCGCCGCUGGUGGAAUACUUUCUCUCGGGAAAGUACAUUACUGCUCUUCAAAAGGAGUGCAGUGAGGUUGCCACCGCUUUUGCCUAUGUGAUGACAGACAUGUGGCUUGGAGACUCGGAAUGUGUCUCACCGGAAAUAUUUCGGUCAGCUCUUGGCAACCUCUACCCAGCAUUUAUGAAGAAGACACAGCAAGAUGCUCAGGAAUUCUUGAUUUAUGUCCUGAAUGAACUUCAUGAAGCCCUGAAAAAGUACCAUCGGAGAAGAUCAUCCGAGAAAGGGUCUAUUCCAAGGUGCUGCAGGAAGGUUAUUACCAGUGAGUCCUCCAUCAUCACACAGCUGUUUGAAGGGCAGCUCAACUACAGCUUCAUGUGUUUGAAGUGUGAGAGCUGCACCUACAAGAAUGAAGUCUUCACCGUCCUCUCUCUCCCCAUUCCAUCUGAAUACGAGUGCUCUCUUCAGGACUGUCUUCAGUGUUUUUUUCAGCAAGACACACUGGCCUGGAAUAACCAAAUUCACUGUUCCUUCUGUGAAACCAAGCAAGAAACAGCUGUAAGAGCCAGUAUCUCCAAGGCACCAAAAAUAAUUAUCUUUCACUUAAAAAGAUUUGACAUUCUGGGUACAAUGAAAAGGAAACUGAGAACAGAUAUUCAUUACCCACUCACUAACUUGGACCUUACCCCUUACAUUUGUCCAGUUUUUCGGAAACACCCGAAAUAUAACCUCUGUGCAGUGGUGAACCACUUCGGUGACCUCGAUGGUGGCCAUUAUACUGCUUUCUGCAAGAACUCAGUGACCCAGGCCUGGUAUAGCUUUGAUGACACACGAGUCAGUGAGAUUCCAGAUACUUCAGUUCAAACUGCUACAGCCUAUCUCCUGUUCUACAGCUGCCAGCCCUUUUCUAUACCUAUAACAAAAUGUAAAAGCUAG